GUCGCCGACCAGAAGCCUAUUCACCAGAGGAAACGAGCUCAAGAAAAUGAUCGAAAGCAAUUCCACUGGCCAGUUAGGAUCGCUCGUCAGAGCAAGUGCAGUCAGUACAGCAAAAGUGAAUCUGCUUAUUUGAAGGUAGACAUUUUCUGUUGUUGACAUAGGAACGACAUUCAUCACAGGAAAAAAUAUCACAACAUUUAUACUGUAUUUUUUUGUUUUAUGAAAGAAAGCUACGGGCGAAAUAUAUGAAUAAUGACUUUCGAAACAUAUCUGGUAUUGACAUUAUAAUAUAUUCUCCUAAAAUCAUUGGAUGAGUUUUACAGGACAUAAUUAACUCUAUGAUAUUAUUUGGGCAGAACUUGUGACAAUAUUACUUGGAAGCAGGAAAGUGAACAUGAAGCCGAUUUUACCUGUUCCGAAACACGCUUCGAAUGGAUUUUCUAUAGAUUCUUUGAUUCACAAAGACAGUCGCACCACCUCGGGUAUCGAACCCCAACACAGCAUUGCAAGUUCUAUCUCUUCUGGGCUCACAUCCUCUCCUCCGGAUGCUGCUCUGAUAGCGGGUAGGAUCCCCCCAUUACACCCGGCAUUGCCUCCUCACGUGCGAAACUUGUUGUUAGCUGAACAAUCUCAACUAAAUCCCAAUGAUUUGCUAACGUUACAAAGGUCUGCAGCAUGGGCGUUUCAGAAUACCAUGGCCCCGGGGGUAACGUCCCUGGGUCGGACACUUCCGCCUCCAACAGGCCCUUCACUUCAUCCUUUUUAUCCUGGACUUUUAGGUGCUAGCCGAGAUCCCACAAACAUGUACCCCUGGAUGUUGGCACGACAUCCCCAGGGACUGUUUGGUCUUCCGUUCGGUCAUCAAGAUCCAAGCUUUUACUUUCAUCCUUACCGAAAACCCAAACGCAUCAGGACAGCAUUUUCACCUUCGCAGCUUCUGAAAUUAGAACACGCAUUUGAGAAGAAUCAUUAUGUGGUUGGACAAGAAAGGAAAGAUCUGGCAGCCAAAUUGGGACUGACAGAAACUCAGGUGAAAGUAUGGUUCCAAAACAGACGAACAAAAUUCAAGAGAAUAAAGAGUGAUGACGACGAAACUCAAGAUGAUAGCGAAGGGCAGCACCAAGACGACAUUAAUGUCACCGACUACCACGAGGGGGCGUCUGAAUCAGAGAGUGAGGAAAACGAAUAGCCACGUGCUUACAAGAUGUUCAGAGAAAUAUACCGAAAUGUGCAUAUGCAGUAUGCAUGAGCCUUCCAUUUGCAUUUUCAAACCACGUGUUUACAUUCACUCAUUCAUGAAAGGAAGAUGGAUUCAGUAGAACUAUUUUAUGACGUAAUUGUGAUGUUUGAUAUUACGUAACUGUUGUUACAGAAUGCAUAUAGUAUGGAGUGAUGUCAUGACGCUCUCUCGUAUGGACAAUGAUACAAGUGCGGACGAGAGUCAGUUGUACAUGUGUAUUAACUUAAUAGAUGUGAUGGAAACUUUAAGUGACGUUAUGAUGACUUUAAUUCGUCAAAUGAUAUUCUAUUUACAUUGAAAUAUGGAGACAGUGUGCUUUGAACUCAUGUUAUCAUGAAAGCGAUAAAACAAUGUAAGUUUUGAAGAAGUGGGUAUUAGAAGCCAAAACACUGUCAAUAGUUGUGUUACCUCAGGGAUAUAUAUGCAAUACAUUAGAAAACAUAACGAUGUGAUCAGAACGGUUCCAUUGGACUGAUGAUCGUUCAGCCAGGCGUGACAAUGUUAUUAUUGUGUAAAUAUAGUGCUAGAUAGUUAUUGUUUCAUCAGUCUGUUCAAUACCUUAUCUACUUUUUGGAUGACAAAUCCUUUCUUGAAAACACUAUGUACAUUAGUUAAACCAGUUUGUAUGAAAUAUUUUGUUUUAAGAUGAGCAUUAUUUGUGUUCAGAAAUAAUAUAUCGAAAUAAGGCCUCCUCCUGUCUUAUCGUGUGACUGUCUACAACGUUUUACCUUAUUUUCCUCCAUUUCCAUGUUCACCUUCUAUUUUGCCAGAUGUGCUUCUCACUACAAAUAAAACAAUGAUUU